AUGGAGAUGUCCUUCCCUGCCCCGUUCAGGAGCAAGUUCAACCCUAACGCCGGAAGCAACAUCGACUACUCCAUGACUGCUCCCCUGAAGGCUGACGGAUCCGACUACCCUUGCAAGGGCUACCAGUCUGACUUCGGAACCAGCGCCGGCAAGUCAACCGCCACCUUCGCCGCCGGAACCACAAACAACAUCACCAUCGUCGGCGGUGCUCCCCACGAGGGCGGCAGCUGCCAGGUUUCUCUGUCCAGCGACAGCGGCAAGACCUUCACCGUCAUCCAGAGCAUCAUCGGCAACUGCCCCGUCCAGACCAGCGGCAACUUCGACUUCGAGAUCCCCUCGGACGCCCCUACUGGAGACGUCCUGCUGGCCUGGUCUUGGCACAACGCCGUCGGCAACCGCGAGAUGUACAUGAACUGCGCUGCCGUCACCAUCACCGGAGGCAGCAGCAAGGUGAAGAGGGACACCGCCGAGAAGGUCGACGACAAGAAGGAGAAGCGCGCCACCGCCUACAGCGCUCGCCCGCAGAUCUUCGUCGCAAACGUCGGCAACGGCUGCACCACAGUCGAGGGCGGCGCCGUCGAGUACCCCAGCCCUGGCGACGACGUCACGAGAAACAGCCAGAACGCCCUUGCGCCAUCUGGCAGCUGCGGAACUUCGACUGGAGGGUCUGGCUCUGGUUCCGGCUCGGGAUCUGGUUCGAGCUCCGGCGUUGCCUCCAGCGCUGCCGCCUCGACACCAGUCGCUGACCCGACCACGGCCGCAGCAGGAGAGACUCCCACUUCAGCGUACGUAUCCCCGUCACUUUCUUCACCAUCAUCACCCCCUAUCAUGUUCUCGAGCACGACGCUUGCCGUGUCUCUCACUUCUGUGUCUCCUUCUGCUUCUCUGUCCACUGCACAAGCGAAGUCUGACACGACCUUCAUCGACUCCAGUUUGACCCUCACCGUCGUACCUGUAAGCUCACCAGCCUCUCCCUCUAGUUCUCUGCCCGGCGGCGUCUUCUUCACUGCCACCACUGGCGGCUCCGGCUCCGGCUCCGGCUCCGAGACCACCACUCCUCUCGCAACCCCUGAGCCGACCACCCUCGCGACCGUGACCACGGCAGCGGGCGGAUCAGGCUCCGGCGCAGCGACCACCACGUCGACCGCCGCCCCGGCCUCUGGCACGGGCACGAGCGGCUCCGACGCCGGCCUGUUCACGCCCGGCACGGCCUGCACCAGCGAGGGCCAGUGGAACUGCAUCGGCGGCACCUCGUUCCAGCGGUGCGCGAGCGGCACGUGGUCGGUGCAGAUGGCCCUGGCCGCGGGCACGAGCUGCACCGCCGGCGUGAGCGACUCGCUCGACAUGUUUGCGACCAGCAACAAGGCGCGCCGCUUCCACGGCAGCCGCGGCCGGCGAUACGAGGGCGCGCGUCGCCAGAUGGUCUAG